CCGUCCCCGGUCACACAGCCAGUCGCCGCCCAGGUAUGAGGAGCCAGUCCCGGUGCUAACCAGCCAGGAUACACCGGACCGUUACCGGCUGCCAGCUGAAGACACGUUUCCGUUUAUUUGUUUUUCUGCGCGUGGAGCACAUUUGGAUGAAUUAGUGUUGGAGCGCGCACGAUGCUGAGCGCCGUUAAGAUGGAGGGACACGAGCAUCCGGACUGGAGCGGCAGCAGCUACUACGGAGAGACCGAGUGUUACUCUGCAGCGGGAAACAUGAACUCCGGUCUGUCCAUGAACUCAAUGAGCUACAUGAGCGCGCCUGGCAUGACGGGCACCGGUCACAUGAACGCGCAUUACGUGAACCCGGUGGGGGUCAAUCACUCGAUGCCCGCCGGGCUGUCACACAGCCCCGCCGGGGCCAUGGUGCAGGCCGGGCCCGCCGGGAUAUCGGGCCUGGGCGCAGCGCUGCAGCCGAGCAUGAGCGCCAUCAGCCCGCCGCCGUACGGGAACAUGCCGGUGAUGAGCCCGAUCUACGGGCAGGCCUGUGGCGGGAUCCGGUCCAGGGAGCCCAAACCGUACCGGCGGAGCUACACGCACGCCAAGCCGCCGUACUCGUACAUCUCCCUGAUCACCAUGGCCAUCCAGCAGUCCGGCUGCAAGAUGCUCACGUUAAACGAGAUCUACCAGUGGAUCACGGACCUGUUCCCGUUUUACCGGCAGAACCAGCAGCGGUGGCAGAACUCCAUCCGACACUCGCUGUCCUUUAACGACUGCUUCAUCAAGGUGCCCCGCUUACCGGACAAACCGGGGAAAGGCUCCUUCUGGGCCCUGCACCCAGACUCGGGGAACAUGUUUGAGAACGGCUGCUACCUCCGGCGGCAGAAGCGCUUCAAGACCGGGAAACACCCCGGUACAGGUGAGAAGGAGGCGGGGAAGUCGGGCUCGGAGGGAGGCUCGGUUAGCACGCGCUCUGACUCCCCGCACUCCCCCCCCUCCUCUUCCUCCCCUCAGUCCUCAGAGGUGAAGGUUGACCUCAAACCGCACCGGGUUGAACUCAUGCCCUCCAGCCCUGUGCGCGUGCCCUCCCCGCUCGCGCACACCCAGCACCUGUUCUCCCACCAACCCCACCCGCUGCUGCUGCACGAGGCUGCACACCUGAAGCCGGACCACUACCCCCACUACCCGCAUCACUACUCCUUCAACCACCCGUUCUCCAUCAACAACCUCAUGUCCGAACCGCAGCACCACAAACUGGACUACGGGGGCUACGGCUGCCCGGUGUCCGGAGCGCUCGUGGCCAAAACCGGCCUGGAUCCCGGUGCUCACACCGACACCAGCUACUACCGCGGCGUGUACACCAGGCCCAUCAUGAACUCCUGAAACACUUUUAACAGUGAACACAACUUGGAUUUGUACAUUUGUGAAUGUGACAAAAGGCCUUAAAGUGUUUUGUGGAAAGCCUGCAGGAUUUUUCAUCCUUCAUUUGUGUGUUUGUAAAUGUGCAACAGAUAAAAAUCUUUAUAUGAAAACACUCUUUAUGUUUUAUUUAUUUUAUUUAGCCUAAAGUC